AAAUAUGUGGAGAGCUAGGCCCGAGCGGCGCAUAUAUAUACCGUAGAAUAAAAUCCCUCAUCUCAAUCUAGGUUUUUUACAACCCUUACCAUACUCAGAGACUGCGGACUAAAAUCCUUGUUCAGUUGAUUAGCACCAUGACAGAUGAAGUGGCUUACGCGGCCGCAGGAGGCGAAUCGAACAAGCGCAAGUACGACGAUUCGCCGUCUCCGGUGGCGCGCAGGGCGACGGGGUUCUCGUCUCCUCCCGACUCCGCCCCGCCGCCGCCUUCUUACAACAGCGUCCCUCCGCCGAUGAACGAGAUCGAGGCGGCCAAACAGAAGGCGCAGGAGAUUGCAGCUAGGCUCUUGAAUAACGCGGACCCCUCCAAAAGAGCGAGAGUUGAGAACGGAGCUGGCGUUGGUGGCGGAUUUGAUGCUAUCGAUGCAGGUAGCGGUCAGAAGCAUUAUGGUUUGGGUCUUAGUGGUCCACCUCCAAGCGCAUCAUUUGGUUACCCAGGCCCCAGCAAGAAAAUUGAGAUACCAAAUGGGAGGGUUGGUGUCAUUAUUGGAAAAGGUGGGGAAACUAUCAAAUACCUACAAACUCAGUCAGGCGCUAAGAUCCAGGUCACAAGAGACAUGGAUGCAGACCCUAAUUCUACUACCAGAGCCGUUGAACUCACUGGUACCCAGGAUCAAAUAGACAAGGCAGAGAAAUUGAUAAAUGAUAUUCUUUCAGAGGCUGAUACAGGUGGUUCUGGCAUUGUAUCUAGGAGGAUGGGUGGGCAAGGAGGUGGAGCUGAUCAGUUUGUUUUGAAGGUCCCCAACAAUAAGGUUGGACUUGUUAUUGGUAAAGGAGGUGAAACUAUUAAAAAUAUGCAAGCAAGGACUGGUGCUCGCAUUCAGGUCAUACCUUUGCACUUGCCACCUGGUGAUACGUCAAACGAAAGAACAGUGCAGAUUGAUGGAACUAAAGAACAGAUUGAAGCUGCAAGACAGUUGGUCGAAGAAGUUAUCAGUGAGGUUUGUUCAAUAGUUGUUUUCUUGUUUGUAUAGUUUAAUAUGCUAUAUAAAAAUAUUUAUGUACUCCAAUGUGGAAUAGGUGUUUUUAGUUCUUCACUUCUCUUUCUUCAAGUUCUGCUCUCAUUUCAAAAAAGCUACUGUUAAAACAUUUGAACUUGUGCAGCUUUUUCUAAUAUUGCUCUUUAUCUGAAGUGUUGGGUACAUGUCAUUAUUUGGGAUGCUCCGUGCCAGUUUCUAUGCCAUAACUGUUUUAAGUUGUGACUUUUCUUGAAGUUGAUUAGGCCAUUCUCUAUGAAUAGUGUUUUCUGCAUCAGCAAAUAGUUCGGUGAUAAUUCCCUCUAAAAAAAUAUGAACUCUAUCCGCGUUCCCUAUAUGCCUUUUGUGAACAAUAGAUGUGCAGAUCUAUGUCCCUAGUCAAAAUGAUCCCCAGAUGGCAGAGUUCAGCCUAUGCUGCUUUUAUGCAUGGAAUGGGUAACUACUUGCUAUCUGAUUUGGCCAUAUUCUUACUUUCUGUUGCAGAUUGAGGCCUCAUUUCCUGGUUAUUUUUCCGCUGUAGUAUAGCAACUCGAUAUUCUUUGGGUUUUAUUAGUACUUGAUAUCUUGCCCCCAAAAUCUUGGUUUAUUAGCAUUUAACUGUCCAUAUCAUCUUGUUAAUUGCAAGAGCAAUGAUUAGUGUUUAAGAUGUUGCCCACCCCUUUUUUUGGUAUACUGGAUAUUUGGUUUCCUAUGAGGCAGGUUUUCAUGGACUCUCUCCUAUGAGGUGACUAAGCAACAUAUGAAGUUUCUUAUAAUAUUGAGUAUUUAUCUUAAAUAUUAAUACACCUUAGUUUAAUAAUUAAGUGAUUGUUUAUUUAGAUUAUCACAUCUGAUAUGGAUAUGAAGGGUCAAUUUGUAUCUGGUGACUGAUGUAGGGGUUACAAGAUGUUGGAGACUUGGUGACACCAACAUGUGCUUGUUUCAUGUUGGUGUUUCCUCGGCAACACUCCAGUAUGAUUUUAACUCUUUAUUUGUAUUGGCCAAUGUUACAUCAUAGAUGAUUCCACAACGAUAGAAGCCGAGCAUGGAUGGAGGGAAUAGAAGAAUAUUUUAAUAGCGCCUGUGAUUAUUUAUUGCUAACCUCUACGAUAAUCUGCUUGCAUCGUUAAUGAUUAUAUUAAUAUAUUAACUUGGUGCAUUGAACAUAUUGAAUUCCCCUCCUCCGUAUGAUGUUUGCUUAUAAGAUUCUUCCAGUGGACCUAUAACCUCGUACUAUUGCCAUAGAUGAAUAGUGCAUUUCUAUUUUUCUUUUUUGUAUACCUAUCCACCUUCCGAGUAGGGAGAUGAUGAGCAUCUGCCGGAGUUAUGCAAUAACGCGAUCUCACCAUUACGAUUAUUCUGUUUGCUCCAUGCACAUCAUAACUAACCGCAUGAGAAACCAAGCAAUGGGUGGAGGAGGAGGGUAUAAUUCUCAGCAAGGGUACCAAGCACGGCCUCCGACCAACUGGAGCCAGCCUGGCGGCCCACCCAUGCAGCAACCCGGCUACGGCUAUGUCCAGCCUGGCGCAUACCCCGCCCCUCAACAGUACAACCCAAAUUACACCAAUUACCCUCCCACGUACACUUCUGGCUGGGACCCAUCUCAAAACCCGCAAACUGCCCCGGGAGGAGGUUCUAACUACGAUUACUACAGCCAGCAACAGCAAACCCACGGUGGCCCGGCCGAUAAUUAUCCGCAGGGAGGACAGGAUAGCUAUGGCGGUUACCAAUCUGGCUAUGGACAGCCAACAACUAAUCCUAGUGGCGGAUAUGAGCAGCAGCAGAAGCCGGGAGGCUAUAACUCGACUUACGGCAACCCACCAGCCGACGGGAGUGAAACCAGCCAACCACCGGCCCAGCCCAGCCCGAAUCCAAACUAUCCUUACGGAAGUCAAGUGGCGUCUGGUUAUGGUGGGGCCCAGGCUCAGAAGCCUAGUUAUGGGCAGUUGCCUGGAUAUCCUCCUCCUCCUCAGCCAGCACAAACGGGGUACGUUCAGACGGAUGCGGGUGCGCAAAGGCCACCAGCGUCGGGUUAUCCACAGUCGUCUCAGGUAGGGUAUGGAGGGGCAAUGGCUUAUGGUGGAGGAUAUGCUCAGCAGCCGUAUUCUCAGCAGGCUCCUCCUCCCCCGGCUUAUUCUACUGAUGUGGCUCAGCCUGCUGCUGGCUCUGUUAAAACCUCGCCGCCUAGUUGAAAAGGGAUUGGAGUUGGUUUGGGUUUUAUUUGGUGUUUGGUUGCUUGCGGGGCUGCUUAGAUUUGUUUGUAUUUUUUGGGUAAUUUUUUAGGUGCUCUAGUUUUGAGACGUUCGGAUGCUUGUAUUUGUGUUUUUCCUGAGACUUCCCCCUUCUUUAUUUUGUUUUGGAUAUUGAGUUUGCUGGUGUUGGAAAACUGUUUUGUUGCUGGAUAUGUUGGCAUAUCUGUAUGGUGUUAAGAGUGCGCUUCUUUUCUUUAUCUCAUCUCAUACCAUUAUAAACAAA